AGGAGAAAUUAAAGAUACAGAACAGGUCAAUAGGAGAGAAAAUGUCAGAAAAUGUCAGUAUUAAGAGUCAAUCUUGGGGGAUCCUGGGUGGCUCAGUUGGUUAAGUGCCCAACUCUUGGUUUUGAUUCAGGUCAUGAUCUCACAGUUCAUGGGAUCGAGCCCUGCAUCACGCUCUGUGCUGACAGUGCGGAGCCUGCUAAGGAUUUUCCCUCUCCUUCUCUCUCUUUCCACCUCUGCUGCUCGUGCUCUCUCUCUCUCUCAAAAUAAAUAAAUAAAUAAACUUAAAAAAAAAAGAAUGAAUCUUGUAAUUUCAAAAUCUGAUUAAUGCCCAUUUCAAACAGAAAGAACACAUAAAACUAGAGUUGAAAAAAUUGUUAAAGGCAUAAUACAAAAACAAUUCCUAGAACUGAGAUGCAGGAAUCUCUAAAUUUAGAAGGUGAGGUGAGUGUCAGUACAAUUAAUGAAAACAAUGACAUGCACCAGAAAAUAACAUUGUGAAAUUUUAGAACACUGCUGAUGAAGAAAGGCACCUAAAACCUCUUAAAAGCAGCCAAGAAUAAAGGAAGAAAGCAAGCAAGGAGAAACACAUUCACACCAACAGGAAGGGAAAUGGGGCACAAAGAGGAAGAGGAAAAAGAAAAGAUAAACUCAGAUUAGUUUCAAUUUGUAGAAUAGGUAGGUGUUCAGUAUUCAGGUAUGAUUUGUUAAAUUUUAAACAGACACUCAAGAGGCUAUAAGCCAAAAACUUAGUAUAGACUCUACACUGAAAAUAGGUGUAGACUCUGAAAAUAGUCUUCCCAGACCAAAUAAUGUGGGAGUAGUUUUGUUACAUAGCAAUCUGUUUUACAUACUUGUUCAAAUAAAUAGCCAAUCCAUCAAAAAUAAUCACACAUACAAAGAAGAAAUCUGUUAGGAAAGUGUAAUAAGUGAACUGUUAGAACAUAAAUUGAUGUACUAAGCAAAUAUUAGUUCUAAAAUACAUAUAUUAUAGCCCCGCAAAUCAGACUGUGGGCUAAUAGAAGUUUUUGUAUGCUAGCUACUGUUAAUAUUAAUAGAGCUUUUGUAUAGUAGCCACCAUUCCUAUAUCUUCAUCAUUUGUUUAGGCAAAUGUCCGCGUUUGAAUAAUUCCUUUGCAAGAGAUUUUGGAGGAUUUAUCAUUGCAGAGAAAUUACUCCUAAUCUCUGGCUGAAAAUGCUAUCUGUGCUAUUUAUGUCAUGAAACAUAACAUAAAGUGCUUUGAGAACAAGAAGAGAUAGAGCUUAGCAAUCAAAUGUUCUUUUUUUCUAUAAAUAUUCCCUAGAUUGCUUACCUAACCCCAACAUAAUGUGGAAACACCUGAACACUCUUAAUGCACUUUAAAUCUGUUAGCUGUUUGAAAACAUGUGCUUUGUGAGAUUAGAAUAAUACCAUUUUCUUCUUAAAAUACAAAAACAAAACUACUCUUCCAUUAUAAAUUUCCAUAUUAUCACAUAACAUUAUCCAGAAGUAAUUCCAUUUUAAAAACACCUGUUUUCUGCUAGAACUUUCUUUUAGAAACAUGGAUUAUAAUUUGAAGUGAAACAAAUACCUCAGUUCUGAUUAAAAAGAAUCCAUUUGUAGCUAGAAACUUAUUUUCUAUUAAACGUACAAAUUCACACACUUUGUUAAAUAAUCCCAUGGGACUAACAUAACCAACACUUAAAGAUCAAUUAUGAAAAUUCAUUAUAUUGUUUUUUCUGUAUAUAUUUUUGUAUAUGUCUUUAGAUUUUUUUCUUAAAAAAUAUUUUAAUGUUUAUUUUUGAGACAAAGAGUGAGACAAAACGUGAGUGGGGGAGGGGCAGACAGACAGAGGGAGACACAGAAUCUGAAGCAGGCUCCAGGCUCUGAUCUGUCAGCACAGAGCCUGAUGCGGGCCUCAAAUUCAUGAACAGCAAGAUCAUGACCUGAGCUAAAGUCAGACACUAACCGACUGAGCCACCCAGGUGCCCCUGGAUCUAUUUCUUAAGAAGACUUUUCCCUCUCUACAAUUAUUUGGAAGAUUCUCAUAUAUAUGUCAAAGGCCAUGUAAACUUCUCUGAAUUUAAUUUUCACACUAAGAAUUUUAGUAUUCAUAAUUUAUUUGGCAUAUGGUACAGAUAUAACACAUUGUUCUAAGAUUUUUUUCUAAUAGCAUCAACAUAAUUUAAAAAUAACAUGUAUUAAAAGCAUUGCAUUCAUAAUAAAAUAAAUUUCUAUGUACUCAAAUUCUAUACUCAACAAUCUAUUCGAUUAAUGAGCCUAUCAAUCACAUUUUAAUAGAAUAGUAUUUUUUUUGGUAUUAUUUGGUUCAUGAGAGGUAUUUUGUCACUCUUUUACCUAAAAAUUCCUCAUUUAUUCUUACAUAUUUUCUUUUUCAAAAUAAGCUGUCUACAUGGAAUCAAACCGUCUUUGUUGGGCUUUUAAUUGUCAUUGCAUUUUACUUUUAGAUUGAUUUGGUAAUAAUUAUAACAUUGGGCCAUUCUAUUUAUGUUUGUCCAUGUAUUCAAGUCUUAUUUGAUAUUCUUCAGUAAGAGAAUUCAUCAUAUAAAUCCUAUACAUUCAUUUUUAGUUUUCUUCUUUUUACUUCUUUUUUUUCCUUUCUUUGUGAAAAAGGACUGUAUUUGUAUUAUAUAAUAAUGGCACCUACCUGAAGUUUCUCAGAGGGUUAAAUGUAGUUAUACUUGGAAAACAUGUUAAAAAAUUACCUGUUAUACACUGUGUAAAACAUAUGUUAGCUGCUAUUUUUAUCAUCUGGAAUUAUUGUUUCUAUGUUUUUCUUUUACUUGGCCAACUUACUGAAUGAUCUUACGUAUGCUAAUAAUGUAGAUAAAAUACAGGUAAGGAAAAUAUCAUUUGUAGGUUGUAACUAUUUUUCUCCCCUUUUUCAUAUAUGUAAUUUAUUCCCCUCAUUGUAUUGAAUAGGACUACGAAUUCUGUGCUAAAAUUAACAGACAAAAUACUCUUUUUAGAGGAAAUUAAGAGUAAAAAUUCUAUAUGUAUUUGUUAUUUUUCUGAUAUGUGGAUUAAAAAUAUAUAAACUUAAUCAAGUUAGAUGUAUUUUUAGAUUACUAAGUAUUUUGUUUUAAGCAGUUGUUAAAUUUCAUGAAAUGCUUUUAGCAGCAGGUUGUUCAUACAGUUUUUCUCCUUUAUCAUGCUAAUGUAUUAGAAUAUUUUACCAAACUUCCUGUUGUUCAGUCAACUUGCCUUUCUUAGAAUAAAUUCUACUAGCUUAUUACAAUUGGCUCUUUAAAUACACUUCUGGAUUCGAUUUGCUAAUAUACUUCAGACCUGGGGAUCUAUAUUCAUAAAUAACAUUGUAUUUCUAUGAUUUCUUUGUUUUCUGUUUGUCUAUGUACACCAUUCAUGUCUAUUUUAGAUUAUUGCAGACACAGAAAGUGAGUUGGGAAGUAGUCCAUCUUUUUAAUGUUCUAGAACAGUAUAAUGGAACAAAGAUAAUCUUUCUCCUUGGAGAUUUUUUUAAUCACUCCACCCUCUGAAUCCGCAGCUUUUGGUGAAAAAACUUUGCAUCUAUUCUAACAGAAAUUACAGGGAAAUGAGAUUAGUUGAAAAGGGCCGGUUAACUUGACCUCAAAAUUAAACAGAUAAAAUUAUAGCAUUAAUGAAUACCUGAUAUGUAAUCGUUACUUAUUUUUUAAUAUUUAAGGUCCAUCUCCAAUGAACAGAAUCUCACUUACAGUAAGGUUUCUUACCAAGCGAUUCAUUGGAGAAUAUGCUUCUAAUUUUGAAUCUAUCUAUAGUAAGCAUUUGUAUUUGGAAGGGAAGCAACUGAACCUAGAAAUAUAUGACCCUUGUUCUCAACCAAAGAAAGCAAAAUUUUCCCUCACAAGUGAACUGCAUUGGGCAGAUGGGUUUGUUAUUGUGUAUGACAUCAGUGACAGGUCCUCAUUUGCUUUUGCAAAAGCACUGGUCUACAGAAUUCGGGAGCCACAAACUAGUCAUUGUAAAAGAGCUGUGGAAUCAGCGGUGCUUCUGGUUGGUAACAAGCAAGAUCUCUGUCACGUGCGAGAGGUUGGCUGGGAAGAAGGGCAAAAGCUGGCAUUGGAUAACCGCUGCCAAUUCUGUGAAUUAUCUGCAGCAGAGCAGUGUCUGGAGGUAGAGAUGAUGUUUAUCAGAAUUAUCAAGGACAUCCUGACAAACUUCAAACUCAAAGAAAAGAGAAGACCCAGUGGAUCUAAAUCAAUGGCUAAACUGAUCAAUAAUGUAUUUGGAAAGAGACGGAAAUCUGUUUAGCAGACAUGUAAUCCUAGGGGAUUUAUUAUAUCAGAGAGUUUUAGAUAUUCACAUGAUAAUGACAUUUGCCCUUUGUAUGCAUUAAAAAAAAUAGUUCUCUUAGAGAUAUGAACUGACUGAACAUAAACCACAGCUGUGUUUUCAAAUAUAUAGCUUGCCGUUUGGUUGUUUGUAUCUUGUACACUCAUGCUUCACACCCAGCCUUUUCCUUAUUACACAAAAUGGCACUCGCUAUAACUUACCAAUGCAUUGCUGUAUAGUUUGCUUGUAUAACUGCUUAAUGAUUUUAUUAAACUACCUCCACAGGCCUCA